GAUCGUUUCCCGUCGCGAAAGGGUUAUCACCAUCAAACGGUCGCAGCACGUAGCGAGCCUCCAACUUUUCUUCUUUUUGCUCAUCUCCCUUGCUCUCAUCGAUACUCAGACAUGAUUCGGCCUCCCCUGGCGGCCGCGACACGUGCGCUCGCCCUCCGCGCUCGCGCCCGCACCGCCCCCGUCCCGCGGUAUCUGCACGCAUCGGCGAUGCGCUUCGAUGUGCCCAUGUGGCCGAACGCGCCGAUGCCGCAACCGCCUGUCGGACCAGACGAUGACUUUUCACAGAUGAUGAAAGACCAUAGGAACAAGGACAAAUCCGGCAAGAAGCCUCCCGAGGAGCGCGAGAGCUUCUGGAAGGAGUGGAGCCACAGUCCUGGUUUCCAGGCCGCACUCACCACGGUUGUGGGCUUGAUCAUGGUGUUUGGCGGUGGUAUGGGUUACCUCCAGUGGUACAAGGCGCAUGUGUUGCACCGUGUCGAGGGGGCGUUCGAGGGCGGAUACGAUCCCGCCCUCGAGCUCGGCUCAAUCCACUCGCCCAAGGCUGAGCACAUUCGCCGGCGCGAGCAGCCGCUUGUCAACGCCAUCUUCCGCGGCGAGGAAGCUGGAGGCUACUAUCUCAUCCUCGGGCCUAGGGGGACCGGUAAGGGCACUAUGGUCCUCGAUGCCAUGCGCGCAGUCCAUGCCGAGGGUGCCUCAGUGUGCGAGGCCCACCCCGACCUCGAGGUGUUCCGUUUGCGUCUGGGCAAGGCGCUUGACUUUGACUUCUUUGAAGACUGGCAGGGCUCACUCUUCUCGCGCGCCGACCCUCGCUCGGCCGGCCCGUCGCUCGACGUUGAGCGUGCCAUGACUAAACUCGAAAAGGUGGCGCUGCGCUACUUCAAAAAGCAUGGCCGCCCUCUGGUGCUGGCCUUCACGAAUAUUCAUCAGUUCCCACAGAACGAGGAGGGCAUUGCGAUCGUUCAUCAGCUUCAGCAGCGCGCUGAAGCGUGGGCUGAGGCGGGAAUUAUGACCAUGGUCUUCACCUCGGACGACCACUGGCCGCUCGACAAGAUGAAGAAGAAUGGAUCGCGUAUGCGCAUCCUCUCGGUCUACGACCUCUCAGCUCGCGAAUCGAUUGACGCGUUGAAGCAAAUGCGCCGUUACGAACUGCACAUUGCUGAGAACAAGCCCCUCGACAAAGUCGAGAUCGAGCCGGACGAGGUGCUGAGGCGAGUGUAUGAGCUCGUUGGAGGCCGCACCAGCUACCUCUCGCGCAUAGCCCGCGCCUCUGACAUGAUUGAUGAGGCCGAGCGUAUGGUUCUGAUGGAGAAGGGUUGGAUGCUCUCCAAGAUUGGCCUCAUCCCCGAGAUGGAUGACGAUGUCAUGGACGAACAAAAGUGGGCGAGUUGCUCGUGGCUCUUGCUGCGUCACAUGGCCCAGCGCGUGCCCAAGCUGGACCCCCCAAUGCGUAAUCCCAAUCGCGCCGACGACGACGACGACGACGGUGAUGACGAAAUGCCUGACCCGGCUGAGGAUAACGGAGGCAUCAACCUCACGCCAUCCACGAUGGACGUAGUCGCUCUGCACGCUGCGAAACCCAGCGUGCCUCUGCGCAAGCUCACCGAGGAGGAACUGUACGCUGAUAUCGUGUUGCCCCGGGUGACAUAUGACGACGCGCGACGGCUGAUGACGCGCACUGACUUUUUCGAUGGGCUUGAUCACGACAAUAUUAUUUCUAUUGACCUGUACCACGACGUGCGCCCCGAGUCGGUCAUGAUACUGCGCGCAGCACAGCAGGUGACAGAGGACCCGGACUUUGACGACAUGCUGGACCAGACGCGUGAUCGCGUCGACGAGAUUGAAGGCCUGCACCGCCAGUCUGAACUAACGGUCAAAGAACCUCUACGCGCCACAUUUGGUCACACGGAAGAUGGGCGUGUCACAGUGGACGUUGUUGGGCUCGGUGGGAGCUUUGUGCCCGCCGAGGAGGACGACGACGGGGACGACGGGGGGGACGAUGGGGACAAGGACACAGGUAAGGAGGACAAGUCGGCAGCCAAGGUGGUCGAGGUCAAACGACUUGUUUAGUGUGGCAUCUGUAGAGAGGGCGGUAUGGAGGAGGAGGAGGAGGAGGAGGAGGGCGAAGAUGGGAGGUGGCGAGACGGGGAGGUCUAUGCACAAGGAAACACGAGAGAAUGGCCGACACGCGACAUUGCAACAUUACU